CGUGUGAGGAGGGAAGAGGGUGCAGACGGAGCCUCAGCUACUGCUACCCUGGUCCUCAGCGUCACCACUGUCCCCACCAGAGCCCUCUGGUCAGCAUGUCCUCUGCUCACUUCAACCGAGGCCCCGCCUAUGGGCUGUCAGCCGAGGUCAAGAACAAGCUGGCCCAGAAGUAUGACCACCAGCGGGAGCAGGAGCUGAGAGAGUGGAUCGAGGGGGUGACAGGACGUCGCAUCGGCAACAACUUCAUGGAUGGCCUCAAAGAUGGUAUCAUCCUUUGCGAGUUCAUCAAUAAGCUCCAACCAGGUUCUGUGAAGAAAGUAAACGAAUCAACCCAGAACUGGCACCAGCUGGAGAACAUUGGCAAUUUCAUCAAGGCCAUUACCAAGUAUGGGGUGAAGCCCCAUGACAUCUUUGAGGCCAAUGACCUGUUUGAGAACACGAACCACACCCAGGUGCAGUCCACCCUCCUGGCCCUGGCCAGCAUGGCCAAGACGAAAGGAAACAAGGUGAACGUGGGGGUGAAGUAUGCGGAGAAGCAAGAGCGGAAAUUUGAGCCGGAGAAGCUAAGAGAAGGACGGAACAUCAUCGGGCUACAGAUGGGCACCAACAAGUUUGCCAGCCAGCAGGGCAUGACAGCCUAUGGCACCCGGCGCCACCUCUACGACCCCAAGUUAGGCACAGACCAGCCCCUCGACCAGGCCACCAUCAGCCUGCAAAUGGGCACCAACAAGGGAGCCAGCCAGGCCGGCAUGACUGCGCCCGGGACCAAGCGACAGAUCUUCGAGCCAGGGCUGGGCAUGGAGCACUGUGAUAUGCUCAAUGUCAGCCUGCAGAUGGGCAGCAACAAGGGGGCCUCACAGAGGGGCAUGACGGUGUACGGGCUGCCGCGCCAGGUCUACGACCCCAAGUACUGCCUGACACCAGAGUACCCGGAGCUGGGUGAGCCCACCCAAAACCACCACCCACAUAACUACUACAACUCUGCCUAGGAGCCCCCCCGGGAGGCUGGCUGCUGCUCUUGGCUGGACCCAGCUGGCUCCAGCUGACCCCGUCCCCAUGCAUGGCGUCCUCCGGCCCCCUGGCACCUGCCGAUAGGGUUACAGUUUGGGGAGAGCAGACUGGGGGACCUGUGAGGGAAAAGGGGGUCAUCCUCCCUGUAGCACUGUAGGGUCCAACCUACAGCUGGGUGUCCUCGACAGUACCCAGACGAUGCACUGAGCAAAGCUAUUCCAGCUGUCCCCCACUCCCUCACAAGUGGGUACCCCGGACCAGAAGCCCCCAAGCCAAGCCCCCAGAGCCCAGGCUCGGCCUGCCCCCAGCCCAUUCCCACAGUGGGAGCAAACUGCAUGCCCAGAGACGCAGCGGACACACGCGGUUUGGUUUGCAGCGACUGGCGUACGCGGAUGUGACAGCAGCGUUUGUGACGCGAGCACUUUUUUCUAUUUCACUGGAGCACAAUAAAUGGCUGUA